AACAUUGUUUCUGUGAUUGGGCUGAUCUCACGAACGCAUUGCAGUCUGCCAGUCUGCAGUGUUGCGAUAGACUUCUCUGAACGUUCGACAUCAUGCUGAGACCCUUGCUGCUCCUGUGCUGGGCCGCGACGAUUGUAUCAGCUGGCGACCCAGAGAAUGUCAAUCCCAAUGACACAAGAAUUUCUAUCAACUCAACCAGCUACAAUGCAGCUACAAAUCCCCAGUCAAUGCUUCAACCUGAAGUAAACGAAGAAAUAAAGAUGCAUUCGAUCUCUUCGAAAAAUGAGAACACACUAAAUAAUUCUAUAUCAAAGACGCUCAUUCCAUCAACUAUAAUUUCGACUAUGUCAACCACACCUUUGACGACUACAACAACUUCGUCAACUACAACCAAGUCAACAACUUCUACGCCUGCACCUAUCACAACCGCUGUUCCUACAACAUCAACGUCAACAACUCCGCUUCCUCCACCAAGUACUGGAAAAUGGAUAGUUAAAGAGAAUAAUACGAUAUGUAUCCUCAUUAAAAUGGCUGUACAAUUCAAUGUUUCAUAUACCAUCGAUAAUGUGACAAUUUACAAAGUGAUGGACGUACCCAGCAAUGGUAAUGCAACAGGAAAGUGUGAUAAAACUGAACAAAAUCUGACAUUAUCAUGGGAAUCACAGAAUAAUACCACCCAAGAUAAUUUCACGAUUCAUUUCGUGAAGAACGAAACGGAAAAAUAUUACUCUCUUCAUCACUUUGAGAUCUCUUUAGCGGCCGAAGAAUUUCCGAAUAAUAAAUCAAAUAAGACGGUGACUGUAGUACAUGUGACACCACAAUUCAAAACUGGAUUAAGCAACUCUUAUAAAUGUAUCAAGGAACAGCAGCUGAAUUUAACCCAUAAUAAUGUAACUGUAGGAUUUUUGAAAAUAACCAAUUUACAGUUCCAAGCUUUCCGAGGUGAUAAUACUACUAUUUUUGGUCUAGCUAAAGACUGUUCGUUUGAUACGCCUGACAUUGUUCCCAUAACUGUGGGUUGUGCAUUGGCGGGUUUGGUGGUAAUCGUAUUGAUCGCAUACCUCGUUGGCCGCAGACGAAGUCAGGCUCGCGGUUAUCUUAGUAUGUAAGCUGAGUUCCGUGAAGUUUCUUUCCUUCUUUUUCCUUCCCUCCCCCUUUUUUUUAAAUCGUUAAACUGAUAUUUUUUUAUGCGAUUCUCUGUCUUAACAGAGUCGAAGGUCUUAUCAGAAAUCUGUAUAGUUGUACUUUGUGUUCUAUAGCCACAAAGGCUGUGACACAUGUUAAGAAGAAAAAAAAAUAGUUUAUACGUUUGUAAAGUUAUCGUGUCCGCGUGCGGCAAUAUUAGAAAAAAAAAGAUACGUAUCGCAAGGCGGUUCAAAAUGAUACAGGGUGAAUGAUAAUUUCGAAGCAACAUGCUCCGUUUUGCAAGGGCAAAUACUCUCUAAUAAAUAUGAAUUGAAUGACGUAGUUAAAUCGCGAGAUCUGCAUCUUAUCUAUGCUGUUCUACUUUUGGCUGGCAGCGAGGAUAAUUUAAUUGUUCAUAAAUAUUAUAGUAUAAAAUGAGAAUAAGAAAAAUUCUGAUCAAUAUGUAUAGCAUUGAAGUUAUGUUAAAUAUCCUUGCGCUGAACUCGCUGUUUCUUAUAACGGUAUAUGUUAUAACGCAAAGUUUCUUAUCUAUAUUCUCUCCUUUUUUUUUUAAAAGGAAUAAUUUCCUAGCUUUAUCGUGAUACGAUAUAUCUUUAUAUAUCAUACUUAAUGCAUACAUCGAUAUGUUUCUGUUACAUUCGUACUCGAAUUCUUUUUAUUAAAACUAUACUGUGAAGUAAUAGCAGUUGUUCAUAUAGCCCUAGGUAUGCAUGCGUGAGUAUAUCAGAAUAGUAUGAAGGAGCACGAGCUUCAAGCAUUAAUAUUAAAGGUGUGCUUUACUUUGAAUAAGCAUAAAUUAAACUGAAUUAAGCUGAAUUAGACACCACAAAUAGUGCAAUUUUAGGUGUAAAAAAUUAUUAGCUUACAUUAAACGGAGUUAAAUAAAACAUAACAUCAAAACGAUAGCUCAAUUAAUAUAAUGUGCAAAAUUUUGGAAAAACUUUGUUUCCUUGCUAAACAUUUGGAUAUAUCCCAUUUAAUGUAAACGAUAGUCUUGGAAGAGAAUAUAUAUUAUUGUUUGUAGGGGCACUAAUAAUUUUUAACGCAAGAAACAUCCUUGUGUUUUACAUCGCUGUUUAAAAACAUGUUUUGAUAGUUUUAUCUAAUAUAAGAUAAUACACAAGGGUAACGAAAUCUAGUAUUUGUAUUUAAAAAAAAAAGUAAAUACGAUUUCAGAAUUUAACAGGAGUAUCGUGUGCACCGUGCUGCUUCAUAAAAUACUAUAUUUCGACAAGACUGAACGACGAGUAGUGAGAUGAAAGUGGAGGG